AUGAAAGUGGAUGGUACAUUUAAAUCCGCCCCCAAAUUAUUUAUGCAAAUAUACACAUUACACUGUUUUGUAAUGGGUGUUAUGGUGCUAAUGGUUUAUGCUAUUUUACCGAAUAAAAGCAAUAAUACUAACAAGAGAAUGUUCAAUAUAAUUAAAGAAGCUGUCUUGAGAAAUGAUUUGGCUUUUAAACCAAAAAAAUUUGAAAAAAUUCAAAUUGAUUUUGAAAUAGGAAUGACUGUUGCCAAUAGAGAUUUAUUUGGAUAUAACACAGAAAUAAAAGGAUGCCUUUUUCAUUUUGGGCAAUCUAUAUGGCGUCAAGUACAAAAAGUUGGAUUAGUGCACGAUUAUACACACAAUGAUGAAGUAAAAAAAACUGUUCAAAAAAUAUGUGCCUUAUCGGCAAAUUGGGAACAUGUAGGUAAAUAA